GGGGAAAAAAAAAAAGCUCAACAUGGCUCCCAAAUUGGACCUCGUGCGCGCGGGGACGCUCGUGUGGCUGGUGGUUUCCUCUCUGAUCCCCCCGGUUGAAGCUUACGACGCGGGCGACGCUUUGGCGCUGCUGCUGUGCGCCGUCCUGACCGGGGUGGGCUUCUGCGCGUGCCUCGGCUGGUACGCACGGAGGCGCAACGGCCAGAUGUGACGAGGAGGACAGGACAGGGGGAGCAGUGGUAUUGGCAAGCUUCUCGGACAUGCGUCCUGUCAGCACGCGCUGCUCUCAAACUCCCGCGGACCUUCUGGACCCGCAGAGAAACGUGCCUUACAGGAGGAUGUUGGCGCAGGAGGAGGACAAAGCCGAACCAGGAAGUGAGAACGCAAGAACCCCGCCUAGGUCUAAAACCAAACACUGUUGCCUUUUAACACGCAAAGAGACUGCUGCAGUUUAUUUCCCUUUAAACGUCCUGUUAAGUUUUGCAUCCAGCUUCAACACGAGACUGUUUGAUUUGACGCACUGAGCCACACGACUGGCACUUCCGGUAGUCUGGACACGUGACUACAGCUUUUGUAAACAAUAAAU